UCGGGGCAGAUGCACAACCAGCAGGCAGCAGCAACUCCGUUCAGCUACUAUGGAGCAACAAGACAAAGCUCAGGCUGGAGACAUAUACAAGUUUGCGCAGGAGACAUCUGGGAGCAGAUUCAUGAAAAAGGUGUUUGUCUGUUGAAGGACACCAGGAAGAAAAGAGGAGCAGCAACAGUUAAUCUACUCAAGCAUCUUUUUCUGAGGAUAAAACCACUCUUCAACUGAUUCAGUCUGCAGCAACACAAAGCAGAGAAUGUAUCAUGAGAACACAGUGCUGAUAACAAAUGCAAGACAGACCUGAGCUCAUACUGCCUCCCUGUCCAGCAACAGUACGUUAAUGGUUGGAACUACCCGCCCCAACCUACAUUACUGCCCCCGCAGACACAGCCUGAUGAUCACCGGUGCCAUGGGAGCGGUGCGGGUCAACAGAUACAGCAUCGUUUCCACAGAUGAAGAUGCCCUGAAGAUCUCCACCCUGGGCCUCCACAAUGGCCACAGUCCUCUGACUCAGCAGACUCUGUCAGGUGCCCACAUGCGAGGCGAGGAAGCAGGAGGAGACUGUCCAGGAAGUGAUGCAGGAAGAGGAACUUUGUCUCUGAGACUGACAAAUGAACCCAUCAUCCACAACAGCUGCCGUGCUUCACCUUCAUGUCGUCUGGGCCUGGAUCUGAGCAUCGGCCGUCUGCGUAGCCGCUUUGUGAAGAAGAAUGGCCAGUGCAAUGUGGUUUUUAAUAACAUGGACGAUAAGUCGCGACGAUACCUGGCUGACAUUUUCACCACAUGUGUGGACAUACGUUGGCGAUACCUGCUCCUCAUCUUCACCACCACCUUCCUCCUGUCUUGGCUGCUGUUUGGCCUGAUCUUCUGGGGAGUGGGAUUCGCUCACGGAGACUUUGACAUUCGCGUCCCUGUGAAGGAUGGGGAUCCUCGGAGUACCACUGAGGAAGUAAAAGACGAAUGGCGGCCAUGCAUUCUCCACAUCCAGGGUUUCAUUGGAGCAUUCCUCUUCUCCAUAGAGACCCAGACCACCAUUGGAUAUGGUUUCCGGUGUGUCACUGAAGAGUGCCCAGUCGCUGUGGUGACUGUGGUGGUUCAGUCCAUCAUGGGCUGCAUCAUUGACUCUUUCAUGAUCGGCACCAUCAUGGCAAAGAUGGUACGGCCCAAAAAGCGGGCGCAGACCUUGUUGUUCUCACACAAUGCUGUCAUCGCUCUGCGAGACGGCAAGCUGUGCCUCAUGUGGCGUCUGGGGAACAUGCGCAAGAGCCACAUCGUUGAGGCCCAUGUGCGUGCUCAGCUCAUUAAGCCACAUGUGACGGCGGAGGGUGAGUACCUCCCCUUGGAGCAAACAGACAUUGAUGUUGGCUAUGACGACGGACUGGAUCGGCUGUUUCUGGUGUCGCCGCUGGUGGUGGUCCACGAGAUCAACAAGAGCAGUCCUCUGUACAACCUCGGCCGCAAUGACUUGCAGAAGGAGGACUUUGAGAUCGUGGUCAUCCUGGAGGGGAUGGUGGAGGCCACAGCUAUGACCACGCAGGCCCGAAGCUCCUACUUGGCCAAGGAGAUCCUUUGGGGUCACCGCUUUGAGCCUGUGGUGUUUGAGAAAGGCGACCGCUAUCAUGUGGACUAUUCCCGUUUCCAUAAGACCUACGAGGUGCCGUCCACGCCCCAAUGCAGUGCCAGGGAACUGAGCCACAUAACGGGUCGUAGUGGGCAGUCCUCAUCCUCCAGCUCGUGUUACUCUCGGUCUCCAUCAUCGUUUCCCCUGAGGGCAGCCCGCCUACUGGGCUCUCACUCCCCCAGCGCUUUCUGCUACGAGAAUGAGGUAGCUUUGUGCUGUGGGGAUGACGAGGACGAAGAGGAUGUGAAAAAGGAGGUGGGGAGCCUGAACAUAAGAAGCAACAGGGAGGUAAAGAUGACUGACGACAUUCACCCGAGUUUCAAAGGGACAUUUGCAAAGGAGCAGACUGUGGAGAUGUUGUGUGUUCUGGACGCAGAGAAUCAGAUCAGCCUUGACAGACUACAGCCCACCCUACCUUUAUACAUCAGCAGAGAGUCAGGAGUUUAAUCAAUGGUAAUGGCUGCCGCCCCAUUUGUUUCCUCUCUAUGUGUGCGUGUGCAUCCAAAUAAAGUAUUGAGCUUGUGUAAAAAUAAAAGAUGGAGAGCACAAUUUUAACUGUACAUGUGGGGUGGAAGAGAAGGAUGUUUUGCAGCCAUCACACAAAUCCACACAGCUUUAGCUCAUAACUCGCUUUGGUUUCGGAUAACAUACACUUUCAGCUGUCACGUCAGCAUCCACAAAAUGCACAACUCAUCAACUUUUAAACACUGUGACACGGUAAACGGCAGUUAUCUUCAAAACCUAAAUCCAUUCUUGUUUUGUUCAGUAUGAACCCAUGUAUGACUUACAGUUAAGGUUAUGUCAACCUUUUUGUUCUUGAUUUCCAUUCACUAUUUGUAAAUAUGAUCUGCUUUUGUUUGAACUUUUAAAGAAUUUUACAUCAUAUACAGAUAAAUCUUAUGAGAUAUACAUCUAUUUAUGUUAAAGGAAGCACAGCACAAAUGCUUCAGACUUCAACACUCUUGUUUUCUCUUUGUAAAAAUAAAUUUUUCCGCAUUUUGAACUUUUGUCUCCCUGCCUGAGCUCUGUCACUUUUCACGUUUGAUAAGCAAGCCUUCUUGUUUUUUCAAAAUUCAUCACAGUUUAGUCCUUAAUCGUAACCAAGCACAAAUAAGAUAUAUAAUGCAGAACCAUGGAGCAGAAUUCAAAUGGUUUGUCAAAUCUGUGCAGAUGAAGACCAAGCACUUUAUUCUUACUUUUAUCAAUAGAUACAAUCACUUUGCAAAUGUAUGAUGUUUUGUAUGAACAAAGCACCUAAUAAACAACAGUAAACACUGUUAACACUCAAAAUGUU